AUGGCUACACAGGGUGAACGCAUGAGGAAAACUUCAGCGGUGGCCAAGUCGAGGGGACUUUGUAAUCCCUUCGCAAUCGACACGCUUCUUGCCGAGGCUAUACCUUCGGUUAGACAUCACAGCGAGGACUGCGGAUCGUUCCAAACUGACUCCACGUUGUCUGCUGGUAGCCCGGCAAGAAAUGCGCUUGAAAUGGACAACGACCCAAUCGACCUGUGCACGCGACACGACUCACCUCCAGCUUCCCAUGAACAACCGCGUAAAUGUGGUGACCUGACUCAUCUGAAUCCGCACAAUACCCACUUCAACUCCUUCAACUUGAAUGCAAACCUGCCCUUUCCAUUCCCACUGCCUCAGCAAAUGGACCCAAGACAGAUGCCGCUAGCUCAUUUCCUCUAUUCUAGAGAGCGGGAUCGCCAGCAAUUAAACUUGGCAAAUUUUGCCAUUUACACGAAAGGCGAUCCCCAGCGUGCCUCAACUUCCCCAGUCAAUUCCACCAUCGAAGACUCCAGAUCUGACUCCUCAGCUGAACCAAACAGGAAGAAGCGGGCACGUGUAGCAUUUGCAAACGAUCAAGUUAAAAUACUGGAACAACGGUUCCUCAAACAGAAGUACCUCUCCAGUAGCGAGAGAGCAGAUAUGGCCAGAAAUCUCGGCCUCUCAGAAACACAGGUCAAGAUUUGGUUCCAAAAUCGUCGCUACAAAACCAAGAGGAAAUUGCUCCAAUCACUGGAAGGAAGACAGCUCUGCGAUUUCCAAGACCAUUCUCCACCUGUCGCCGAUAAUUCGAUGGAGAUGCUGGAACUAAUACGCCAGGUACCCGGACCUCAGCAGUCGACCCAGCCUGCCCUGGUCCACACAAUGCCUUCCAAAGAACGCAUGCAGAAUCUGUGCUGGCAGUACUUGAGCACACACGCCAUUUCGCCACCCACACGAGGUCACGCAUCCUGGGAGGUUUUCAACUCUGAUGGUCGAGGAGUUUCUGAGUCGGCUCUAGGCGAUAGAACGUCUUUAUCUUUACCCUUGUGA